AGAUCAGAUCUACAUACUCACCACGUGAAGGAACUGUACUAACUGCUCCAGGAAACCAUGAAUAACACGGCUUCAUUGCAGACUUUAUAUGACAGAAUGAAUAACACAUCUUGUCCUCGUGUCAGCUUUGACUUUACAACCACUUUCCUUCCUCCUGUUUUCAUCUUAGUAUUCAUCAUUGGUCUGGUGGCUAAUGGAUUGGGACUGAAGUCAUUGCUGCAGAACUGGAAGAAACUGGGGAUCGUCAAUGUGUUUGUUCUCAACCUCGGACUUGCAGAUAUUUUGUAUCUACUCACACUACCAUUCUUGGUGGUGUAUUACUUUAAGGGGAGUACAUGGAUCUUUGGAGAUGCAUUCUGCAAGAUAACAAGAUUCUGCUUCAACCUGAAUUUAUAUGGCAGCAUUGGAUUCCUUACUUGUAUAAGUGUGUACAGGUACCUGGCUAUUGUCCAUCCAAUGAGAGUGAAGGGAAGAAUAACUGUCUCUCACUCUGUGGCUAUCUCAGUCAUGGUUUGGCUGUUGGUGGGUGUUCAAAGUCUUCCAGACAUGUUCUACACCAAGACAUUUGGAGACAAGCCUGGGAAAUGCUACGAUACCACCAGUAAAAUCUAUGUGGAGAAUUACCUGAAAUACAGCUUUGGAUGGACACUCAUUGGGUUUUGCAUCCCAUUCCUCAUCAUGCUGGGCUGCUACGGACAUGUGAUUGUCGUUCUCUGCUCCAAAAAUACCACUGACAAGAUAAGUCGUGGCCUUGUGUGUCUGAACAGCGCUCUCAACCCUCUGGUUUACCUCCAUGGAAAUAAUGAUAUUCUUGCUCAGCUCAGACAGCUGGUCCAGCAAGCUCGUCAAGCUGUCAUGCACCUGUCCAUCACCUCAAAUCAAGUUCCCCUGGUGUAAAAUGCCUUUUAUCUAAAUUAAAUUGAAUUGCAGAAUCUGUACUGUUUUUGUAUUGUAUUGUAUUGUAUUAUAUCACCUGUGCUUUUAUAAGAUGAUUAUUGUACUGGCUCAAGGUUUUGACCUGUGGUUGUUAUAUUGCUGAACAUGCUAAAAAUAAAUCUAAAAUCAUAUUA